CUUUUUGUCAAGUCUGAGCGCUUCACUCAAUCUUCACUCAGUCUUCACUCAGUCUUCACUCACUCUCUACUCUCGACUCUGCUCUCCCUUCCGCCUUUAUUUGGUUCAAGCCAUGGCUUCUGUGGUUGCUGCCUUCAAGCGCUUCAUUGCGACAGACCCAGAUCUGUUAUUCAAUUACAAGACCCAACGCAUCGUCCGCAUCAAUGAUCGCCGCCUUGGAUUGAUCUACUACGCGUUCAUGCUCGCCAUUCUCGGCUACGUUAUUGGCUACACGAUCAUCUACAACAAGCGAUACCUCUUGCUUGACGACUCGCCGACAGGCUCGGUUCGCAUGUCUCUUGCCAAGCCGACGAAAGUCAAUUCCAACCAGCCGUACUGUCUCCAAAAUCAGCCCACCGUCAACGAUUACACCAACUACAUGUGCAACUACUAUGACGAUCUUCUUGUUGUCUAUCCCCGCACAGAGCAAACCGCCUUGCUUGCCGCUUCUCGGAUUACCAUUCAAAACAACACGUUGAACUGCGAUUUUGCCGCGGAUCCCAACUGCGACUUUACACCUGAAACGCCCACGAUUGUCUAUGUUGGCGAUAUUGAACAUUUUACGUUGAUGAUUGACCAUACUACCUACUCGACCAAUCUCGAUAUUCAAGCCAACGCCCAGUCGCUGGAGGGCAAGCUCUUGGAUCUGCACGGAAAUACCAUGAAGCUGACUGGUCCGAAUGUUGUGGGCCAAAUUGGCCAACUGGAUAUUUUCGAGCUCCAAACCCUCCUGCUGGCAGCCGGCAUUGCCACGUUGGAUCAAGAUUCUGGUGCGUUGAACACCAAAACCAACAACUCGAGCCUGCGUUAUACAGGCUUGGUGCUGCUGGUCCUGAUCGAGUAUGACAAUGUUCACUCUUUCGACACGAGCGACAUUCGCUACACCAUCAGUGUUCGCAGCGUCAAAAACACCCAAUUCAAGAGCGUCGAGACGCGAACUUCGACGACCGAUCAAUCCCUUCAAACAUGGGACAGGCACGGCAUUCGCAUUCUCAUUCAACAGAAAGGACAGAUGGGCAAGUUUGAUUUCCAAACCCUGCUGAUCAACGUUGUUUCUGGCUUUGGUCUUCUUGCCGUCGCCACCCUCGUCGUGGAUGUUUUGGCUGUCAGCGUUAUGCCUGAACGAGAAAUCUACUCAAAGUACAAGUAUGAUGACACUCUCGACUUUAGCGACAUUCGUGAUGGUAUCACCAAAGCUGAAGACGACCAGCUCAUCUCCAUCAAGACUCGCAAGAGUGCAGCUCAGCUUGUUGGGGUCUUGGAUUCGGCAUCUCAGCCUCUUCUUGAUGAAUCCUCUACUGUCUGAACAAGGCUUUUCUUUGGGUAGAUAGAGAGAGGUGUGUGUGUGUGUGUGUGUCCUGUUCAAUUGUCGACCGCGUCUUGUCGAUUUGUGGUGUGCAUCAAGUGGAAUAUUAUCUUCAUGAAGAAACGAAAAAUACACGGUGACAAAGCAAAGCGAAACAAACAAAACAAACCAGCAUUGUUGUGGCUGGCUCAAUAAAGUGACAACACCCAAA